AAACUAUGCGGAAGGUGUCAAAAUGCUUCCAAGGGACAUAAAUAGAUAAGGCGGUGCAUUCUGAAAGGUUGCCACCAGUGGUUUGUUGGUUCUCUUAUUAAUUCCAGGAUACGCUUAUGGUUGAUCAUGUCCUUAGAUGUUUUUGAUGACGAUUUUAUGGUUUCUGAUGACUCCAUCAUGUCCUACAACGAUUUACCCCAGAUUCCAGAUCAGUACCAGUAUUUGAACUUUUUGUAUGGACUGAUGACAGAUACACGUCGAUGCUGCCGUGCUGAGCCGCUGCUACCUCAUAAGGAGCUAGCUCUGUGCUUGCACAACCUGAAGCAAACGUUGUUGAAAGAAGAGCAGGUGAUAGUUCCGGGUCCCAAUCAUAGCUUUAAUACUGGUGACGUCCAAGGCAUAUACUGGGAUUCGAAAACACAGAGGGAAACGAUGUUGGAAGAGAGGUUGAAAAGGUACGAAACUUUUACCAAUAUUCCUGGAUGUAUUUCAAAAGCUUCAUCUGAUGUGAAUUUUGAGUACACACCGUCUUCCAGGAAAGUGUGGCAGUUUGACAGGUUUUACCGUAAACCCACACCAAAGCUACCGCAUUUUCAGCUUCGAAACCAAUUGAUACAUAUCCCCCCGUCAAAUAGGUGUAAAGUGAUAUAUUCAGAGCUAUCUUUCAGUGCAGGACAUUCUGCUUACCCUGUCUUGAAGCAGUUGGACCUGCAGACUGGUGAGAUUGACCCACUUGUUGAGUUUAAGCAUGAUCCAUCAAUGAGAAUAACGUGUGUUGACUCUGCAAAGGAGAAUGUGUCACUGAUUGGCACUUUACAUGGGUCCUUAUAUAUCAAAUCCUGUGAUGGCUCCUUACACGAUACUUCUAUUGGCGACUCUUUUGGAAGUAUAAACUGUAUCCGCAUGGAUAACAACUUGAACCAGGCACAAAUAUGUACAAAUAAUGGACAAUUAACCACUAUUGACUUGAAUAAUUGUCAAAAAUUGCAGAACACACGGUUUCCCUGGCCAAUUAACUAUAUGACCAACUGUCCAUAUGAACCUAAUGUCCAGCUGUUUGUGGGCGAUAACGUGAAUGGUUAUCUGCUGGACAAACGUCAGGGUCUUGUGCCAAUUGAUAGCUUAAGAGGUCACAAGGAUUUCAACUUUGCCUGUGAUUGGUCCACCAUCGAUUGCAAUCUAAUCGCUACUGGUUCCCAAGAUUGCACAGUUCGAGUUUGGGAUCGCAGAUGGUUGGAUAGAGACGUUGUAUGCACUCAAACAGACAGUGGGGUGCGUACUGUUGAGUUCAACAGGUUAUCCAGUACACAGCAGCUAUCAUGGAGUGAAAGCAUUGACCGAGUUUGUGUGGCGUCACUAAAUGAGCCUGAAUGGACCAUUGAGGAAGUUACAUUCUUAGGACAAACCAUGGGUGCACAUUUCGUCAAUGUUGACGACCAAGGUGAACAAUGGCUUGUAUGUGGCAUCAGCGACGGCACCACCGGGGGCAUUCUUCGAAUGAAGGCGUACAGUCCAACCUCUUUUAUGAGUUAUGACUACAUAUAAUGAGAAAGGAAAAACAAAAGACUCUCCAUUCUAGCAUCGUACUGUAAUCAGACAACAACGUUACCACCUAGCACUUCCUUACCAGUCUUCUUGAUAGCAGCGAGAACAUCAUCGUAUGG